AUGGCAGAGCCGUCGUUAAGCUCCUCGCACAACGAGUCCGCCCCCCAACGGGACGAGGCCAUUCUCUCCCAGCACCUCGAUCCUCAGUUCACCGCUUCCUUGCCAGAAGACGCCGUACCCCCCGAGCAACCCGAGGGAGCUGGGUCGAGCUCGACUGAGCAUAACGAACCCCAAUCAUCGCUGCUUCUACAGGGCGGUGACAUCCACCGUGACCUCUACCGCAUCGAAGCCAAAACCAAGCGAGCUCGGCUGGAUAAACGAUCCAACACGUUUACUGUGAUCCCCCGACGCCAGUCCGACCUCGUCGAGGAGGAGGUAGCUGCUCUCGAGCCUGGAAGUUUCCGUCGACACUUCAUCCGCCAGCACGGCCGGGACAACCCCGUCCUGCACCGUUCGUUCCUUGAAUACCUUGACAUCUACGGCAAUUUCGCUGGCGAGGACUUGGAGGAAACCGAGGACGAAACCGAGCAGGGCGAGGAUGAAGCGGAACAGGAAGCGGAGCGACGACCGUUGCUAGGGCCUGGGCCUCCUAAACGCAAGCGUACCCGUACGCGGUCUGUUCGCCCAGGCGAUGCCUCGAACGUGAAAACUUUCUUCACCUUGCUCAAGGCGUUUAUCGGGACGGGUAUUAUCUUUUUGCCAAAAGCGUUCCGCAAUGGAGGCAUCCUGUUUUCGUCGGUCACACUGGUUAGCGUCGCUUUAAUUUCGACGCUGUGCUUCCAUCUUCUGCUGGAAUGUAGGAGACACUACCAUGGCGGUGGAUAUGGUGACCUCGGCGAACGGAUCUCUGGGCCGAAUCUUCGGUCAUUGAUUCUGGGAUCAGUGGCAAUCUCUCAGAUUGGGUUUGUCUGUGCCUGCAUCAUCUUCACGGCUGAGAACAUCCGGGCGUUCUUCCUCGCCGUGAUGCCUGAGACGAUCGAGUCGCUCUCGACAUUCCGCUUGAUCAUUUUCCAGCUGAUCGUGCUCAUUCCGUUGGCCAUGAUCCGGAAUAUUUCCAAAUUGGGCCCGAUCGCGCUUCUCGCUGAUGCCUUUAUUCUUUUCGGCCUUGGAUACAUCUACUGCUACGAUAUCGCUAGUCUGGCCUCUCGCGGACUGGCACCGGAUGUGGAAUUGUUCAACUCGACCUCGUUUACCUUGACUAUCGGGUCAUGCAUCUUCACAUUCGAGGGCAUUGGGUUGAUUCUUCCCAUCCAGUCUUCUAUGAAGAAACCGCAGUCCUUCGAUAGUUUGCUCUACACGGUCAUGCUCAUCAUUACCGUCCUGUUUACCGGGGUCGGAGCGCUCUCGUACGCAACGUUCGGCGCGGACACCAAAACCGAGAUCAUCAGCAACCUUCCGCAAGACAGCAAACUGGUCAACGCCGUCCAGUUCUUGUAUUCCAUCGCAAUCCUCGUGGGAACUCCAAUCCAGCUGUUCCCGCCUGUGCGCAUUAUCGAGGGGAGUCUAUUUGGGAUUGCGUCCGGCAAACGCGACCCAAGCAUCAAAUGGAAGAAAAACGUCUUCCGGACCUGUGCCGUUCUAGCAUGUGGCAUAAUUUCAGCACUGGGAGCAGGAGAUUUGGAUAAAUUUGUUUCUCUAAUUGGGUCAUUUGCAUGUGUACCACUGGUGUACAUAUACCCGGCCUACUUGCAUUGGAAAGGCGUCGCAGAGUCUCCAUGGGUGAAGCGAGGCGAUAUAGCCAUGAUGUCACUAGGAUUCGCAUUCAUGGUCUACACCACGGCCGCAACGAUCUCUGUCUGGAUAAAUGAAUGA